AAUGGCUUGGGUGAAGGAACGGCGUUGCUCCUGGCGUGCUUCCUCAAUUUCCCAGCAGUGUUUGCACCCUUGGUAUUGCUGCACCGCGCGUUUUUUAUCUUAUUCAAAGGGUUGAUCAUUAUUAUUAUCCUUUUUAUUUACCCCCUGCACAGGCUGCAUUGGACCUCGGAGCUACCCCACCACCCAGGCCCUCAGGUAUCCUGCAUCAGCAACCUUCACUCACCACUUUGCUUGUAUAUACCGGGGAAUUCGGCCAGUGCGCCUUUUUAUCGAUGUCCGGCAUAUUGAAUCUUUGUCAAACAUUCCUUCGUUUAUAAUCCUCUGAGCGGCCGAAUUGAUCUCGCGGUUUAGGCCUAAUCUUCCUCUCCGGAACAACUAUUUCUUGAAAACGACUCCCAGAUCCCUUCUCUGAAACCCGCCCUCCACCAUGUCUCUCCCCUACCCUCCCCGAUACGCCUACUACGACGGCAAACUCCAAACCUCAGCCUCCUCCCCGACGCCCUUCCAAUCCAUCAACCCGGCAACCAACACUCCCCUCGCCGAUAUCCACCCAACCAACACCUCCUCAAUAGACGCCGCCAUCCGCUCCGCAGAACGUGCCUUCCCCUCGUGGUCCUCCACCCCAGCCAUCGAACGAGCCCGCAUCCUCCACCGCGCAGCCUCCCUCCUCCGCGCCCGCAACGACGAACUCGCCAGGGUAGAAACCCACGACACGGGCAAACCCUUCACCGAGACCUCGACCGUCGACAUCGUCACCGGCGCCGACGUCCUCGAGUACUUCGCCUCGCUCGUCGCGAGCGGCGGCCUCAAUGGUGAAACCAUCUCCCUGCGCCCCGACGCCUGGGUCUACACCACCAAGAACCCGCUCGGGGUAUGCGCAGGCAUCGGCGCCUGGAACUACCCGAUCCAGAUCGCGCUGUGGAAAUCCGCGCCGUGCCUCGCUGCGGGGAACACGAUGGUGUAUAAGCCUUCGGAAUUCACGCCGCUGCAUUCGACCCUGUUGGCGGAGAUCUACUCCAAAGCCGGUGUGCCUCCGGGUGUUUUCAACGUCGUCCAGGGCGGUGGAGACGUCGGCGCAUACGUGACCACACACCCCUCCAUCGCCAAAGUCAGCUUCACGGGACAGGUUAGCACAGGUCGAAAGGUCGCAGGUAGCGCUGCAGGAGGGAUGAAGUACGUCACCAUGGAGCUGGGCGGUAAAUCCGCAUGCAUCAUCCUGCCGGACGCAGAUAUCGACCAAGCGGUCGACGGCGCCAUGAUGGCGAAUUUCUUCUCCACGGGCCAGGUAUGCACAAACGGCACACGAGUCUUCGUUCCGGAAUCGAUAAAACAGCAAUUCGAGGAGAAAUUGGUAGAAAAGAUGCAGCACGUCAGGGCCGGAGACGUCAUGGCCCCCGAGACCAACUUCGGGCCCUUGGUCAGUAAAACGCAUUUUGACAAGGUGCAACGAUACAUUCGCCACGGCAUCAAAGUCGAUAAAGCUACAGUCUUGUACGGCGGCCCGGAAACACCGGAAUGGUUGGCUUCGCACAAGGACCAGGAAUACAAGAACGGGUUCUGGGUCAAACCCACCGUCUUCACAAACUGCACCGACGAAAUGACCAUUGUCCAGGAGGAAAUCUUCGGCCCCGUAAUGUCCAUCCUCACCUACAAGACCAUUGACGAAGUAGUCAGGCGUGCAAACGACACUCCCCUGGGCCUUGCAGCAGGUGUCUUCACCAAAGACUUGAAUUUCGCGCAUCAGGUGAUUGCGCGGUUGGAGGCGGGCAUCACCUGGGUGAAUACGUGGGGCGAGUCGCCGGCCGAAAUGUCGGUCGGAGGCUGGAAGAUGAGUGGUGUCGGGGUGGAGAAUGGGAAGAAGGGACUCGAGGCGUGGGUGAGGAAUAAGAGUACGCUGGUGGACAUGGCGGGACAGGUGCCGACGGUGUUUGCGAAAUUGUAGGUUGUGACGAGCUAUG